AUGGCUCUGCCGUCCGCCGGCUCGUUCGCGGCAUGCAGCCUCCAGCCAAGCAGUGCUAGCAUUCGGGCGUGGCAUGCCCCGAGGCCGCCGCCACACCUGAAGCCGGGUGCUGCGGCGGUAUCGUUUGCGAGGACGCGGCAGCAGCGCCGGGCGAACGCGACCAAGGGUGGCGUGUCCACCGUGUGCGAGCCGCUGGGCCCCGACCGGCCGGUCUGGUUCCCCGGCAAAUCCGCUCCGCCGUGGCUCGAUGGCAGCCUUCCAGGAGACUUUGGAUUUGACCCUCUCGGACUAGGCUCGGAUCCGGAGUCGCUGCGGUGGUUCGCGCAGGCGGAGCUGAUGCACGGGCGGUGGGCGAUGCUGGCGGCGGCGGGCAUCCUGAUCCCGGACCUGCUGGCGCGGUGGGGCUUCAUCGACGCCGGCUACUCGUGGUUCGACGCCGGGUCCCGCGAGUACUUCGCGGACCCCUGGACGCUCUUCAUCUCGCAGAUGGCGCUGAUGGGGUGGGCGGAGAGCCGGCGAUGGGCGGACUACCUCAGGCCCGGCUGCGUCGACAUCGAGCCGCGCUUCCCCAACCGCAAGAACCCCGUCCCGGACGUCGGGUACCCCGGCGGGCUGUGGUUCGACUGGGCCAACUGGGGCCGCGGCUCCCCGGAGCCCGUCAUGGUGCUGCGCACCAAGGAGAUCAAGAACGGCCGCCUCGCCAUGCUCGCCUUCGUCGGCUUCUGGUUCCAGGCCGUGUACACCGGCCAGGGCCCCAUCGACAACCUCCUAGCGCACCUCGCCGACCCCGGCCACUGCAACAUCUUCUCCGCGUUCACGUCCCACUGA